AUGAGUGCGGACUCGGAGAGUCUCAUACAAACCGACGAGAGCAAAAAGACGGAACGUGUCUUUGCUGAGCUAUCAUUUGGUGGCAUAGUAGCGACUGGGCCCUGUGCUUUCCUGAUUCUUGUCUUUUCAGCAGUCGUCAUCAGUGAAGCAGAAGAUAGAAGAGUUUACGACGCUGCUGUAUACAAUCUAAUGAUUGCCAUCCUAACGAUUCUGGUCGUCAUAGCUGUAAAAGUGAAAGCAUCAAAGAAGCUGCAAUGGUCACGGUUUAAUAUCGCUCUAGUCGCCCUACUCUGGCUGCUAUGGUUCAUUGCACUUGUCGUGCUAACACAUAACCUUCGAAUCACCUCUUAUCCCUUUGGAGAUCCCGAAAAAACACGCUCUGGGAAACCCGAUCCGCAGGACACUUACGAUGCAGAUGAGGCAGCGUACCAAGCUUGUAUUGCAACCAGUACGAACGGCGACACGAAGAAGUGUCGGCGAGAUGUAGAAAUUCUGUCUCGAGCUCUUCCUGGUGCUGGAAAAGCUGUCGAUGGAAGUGUGAAGGAUUUUGCUACACUUGCUGGAACGGCUUGGGCUUGUGUGGCUUUUGAUGCUAUUGAGUUGUGA